CUGUAGUCAGAGCUAAAGCUAAUACGCAGCUAACCGGCUAGUCGCUGUCACUAUCAUAAGAUUAACACAAAACAAACCAUUUUUCUUCGUGGAAUUCGUCGUCGUUUUGUUCCAAUAGCUUGUUGUUUUUUUUGUUUUUGUUUUUGUUUUUUUGUUUACUAAAGAAACAACAGAGCGAAUGAUAUUUACUGUUGUAAUAUUACAGUGUUUAUAAAGUCCUGGAGAUCCGACAGAAGCCACGACAUGGACAACGUUUUCCUCGAACAAGGUUAAAUUACAUUCACAACAGAGCCUGGUGUGAUCCUGUCUGCUCCAGUAGACUUGUUUAACUUAAUCUACGAAGUCCCUGUAUUCCGAGAAGCCUGUCUGCAGCACUGAAAGAGCGGAGUAAUGGUGAUGAACACGGUCCAUUGGUUCAGGAAGGGCUUGAGGCUGCAUGAUAACCCUUCACUCCUGGAGUCUAUAGAAAGGGCGGACACUUUACGCUGUAUUUACAUCCUUGACCCUUGGUUUGCAGGUUCAUCCAACGUGGGAAUCAAUAGAUGGAGGUUUUUGCUGCAGUGUCUGGAGGACCUGGAUGCCAGCCUUCGCAAACUCAACUCUCGCCUGUAUGUUAUCAGAGGUCAGCCUACUGACGUUUUUCCAAGGCUUUUUAAGGAGUGGAAGAUCACGCAUCUGUCGUAUGAGUAUGACUCUGAACCAUUUGGGAAGGAGCGAGAUGCAGCCAUCAAGAAGCUGGCCAACGAGGCAGGGGUGGAGAUCGUUGUUAGAAUCUCCCACACGCUCUAUGAUCUAGAGAAGAUCAUUGCACUGAAUGGUGGGCAGCCCCCUCUCACCUAUAAGCGCUUCCAGACGAUUAUCAGUAGAAUGGAUACUGUAGAGAUACCAGCAGAGACCAUUACUGCAGAAAUAUUAAGCAAGUGUAUCAUGCCUAUUGGUGACAACCAUGAUGAGAGGUUUGGUGUGCCCACACUGGAAGAGCUUGGCUUUGAGACGGAGGGUCUUCCAUCUGCUGUGUGGCCGGGGGGAGAGACUGAGGCGCUGACUCGUCUAGAGAGACACUUGGAGAGAAAGGCAUGGGUGGCUAACUUUGAGCGUCCCAGGAUGAAUGCAAAUUCAUUACUGGCCAGUCCUACAGGUCUGAGCCCUUAUCUUCGCUUUGGCUGCCUCUCCUGUAGAGUUUUCUACUUCAAACUCACAGACUUGUACAGAAAGGUAAAGAAAAACAGUGCACCUCCACUGUCUCUCUAUGGCCAGCUGCUAUGGAGAGAGUUCUUCUACACUGUUGCAACAAAUAGUCCACGCUUUGACAAGAUGGAGGGCAACCCAAUCUGUGUGCAGAUCCCAUGGGACCGUAACCCAGAAGCAUUAGCAAAGUGGGCAGAGGGCAGGACAGGUUUUCCCUGGAUUGAUGCAAUCAUGACCCAGCUGAGGCAGGAGGGGUGGAUCCAUCACCUGGCACGGCAUGCCGUUGCAUGCUUCCUUACCAGAGGAGACCUGUGGAUCAGCUGGGAGGAAGGUCUCAAGGUGUUUGAAGAGUUGUUGCUGGAUGCAGAUUGGAGUGUUAAUGCAGGCAGCUGGAUGUGGCUCUCCUGCAGCUCAUUUUUUCAACAGUUCUUCCACUGCUACUGCCCGGUGGGUUUUGGUCGCCGCACCGAUCCCAACGGAGACUAUAUACGUCGGUAUUUGCCUAUAUUGAGGGGUUUUCCUGCCAAAUACAUCUAUGACCCUUGGAAUGCACCAGAAAGUGUACAAAAGCUUGCCAAAUGUAUCAUUGGGACACACUACCCUAAGCCUUUGGUCAAUCACGCCGAAGCCAGCAGAAUAAACAUUGAGCGUAUGAAACAGAUCUACCAGCAGCUGUCUUCCUACAGAGGCCUUGGGCUUCUGGCCUCUGUGCCAUCCAAUGCCGGUGAACAGGUUGAAGGUGCAGGAGCAAGUCUGAACUCUGCAGACAGCACACGGAGCAAUGGUGCAGGCAGAGGAACAACCACUCUGAAGCGACUUAGUGAAGAGCUAUUAUCAAGCAACAGAUGCAAGAUUCAGAAACAGAACAACGACGAGCCACACUCACAGUGAAAAAAGCACAUACCUCUCCUCAAACUGCCAGCAGGAUUGUAGUAUUCAGAACUUUUUACAUCUUGCUUAUGUGCUUGUAUCACUUUUACAAUAAUAUGUACCAUGUGUGCUUGACUGUAAUGCUUACUCUAAUCCUUACAAGCUUGAUAUGUGGCUAUAUGUAUAAUACACUAUACAUAUUCACAUUAUACUGUAUUAUAAUAAUUGAAAUCACAUUUUUAGAAAAAAACAUUUGUUCCCUGGUUUUAUGUAUAUUCAGUUAUAUGUCCAUGCACUAAAUUUCCAUUCAUACGCGUCCUUAUCUACAUUCCAGAUCAGUGUGUAAAUAUUUGCAUGCAUGAUUUUUUUCAUAUAUUGGUAUAUCUGUGCCAUAAGGAUGUGCAGUGUAAACACUUGCCAUUUUAUUGCUCCUGUAAUAUAUUAAUACAAAGCAAUGAAUGCGUUUACUUUGUUGUUGCCGAUAAUAAUAACAUUAAUAAUAAUCGCAUCAUAAAAGGGUCUCACCUUCUAAAGUGGCUAAAAUGCUUAUUUUUGUGUAAAGAUUUAGUGACUUGAAUUUGAAGUGUGUGGUUUUAGUCUGUUUUUGUAGAAUUACAGGGACACUAUAGACUACAAUGUGAAUAUGCAUGUACUUUUCUGGCUCAUUGGCAGACUUAUAUUUUUAUAUCGAAAGCAAUACCAUUUUUGUCUGUUUUUUUUUUUUUUUUUUAAUUGUGUAUGUUUUAUCAGUUGGCAUUAAAUAAUAAAUUUGUAAUGUAAAAUCUCCCUGGUAAUUUAGGUCAGUGGUCCCCAACUCCGGCGCCGCGAACCGGUACCGGUCCGUGUGCCAAAUGGUACCGGGCCGCCCAAGGAACAUUAAAUGAUUUCCAUUUUA